GUACUUCCAGUGUUGUGACCUUUGUUUACUCUGUCUAGUCAAAAAUAGCCCUGCCUACCCGUUGUGGAAACUGUAUUCACCAACUAGUUCCUUAAUUCAUAGCUUCGGUCGCUAUAGUCAUUAGUCGAUACCUUUCAAACAUGAAUUCUUCCACAGCAGAUAGCUGUCGGCAUUUUUUGCAAGGAGACCAGUUUUCCUCAACGGACACGACAACAAGGGAGCUAGCUAGCUAGCUGGUCCGCCGCUAACGUUGGUCAGUCCUGUCGUCGCCCUGUCCUUCAGGUUCCUGUACAGUUAAAUACGUUAGCACACCACCGCCAGACUCUACUACAGGUGAAUACUGCGAACGGGAGCAGUGAAAACGAAGUCGCUCGACGGCCAGCGAACUAAGCUGCAUGUUCUCUUGGUGAAAAAGACACCGGUCUCUGUUGCAUAAGCUAAAAAUUAGAGUGUUCCUAACCGUGGCCAUGGCCUGUAGCUUCCUAAACAUGGAUGAGGCAUCUCCGGCAGCUCUGACAGACUUGUGCCUGACCUAUGUGAGUCAAAACCUGGAGUGUUUUUGUGUGAAACGCCCUGAUGGCUCCCUGUGCUUCAGAGAGGCUGUGCUCUUCCCACAGGAGUUAGCAGACCAGCUGUUGGCCAAGAUGGCCGCUGAAGGUCUGUUGAAUGACAGCACAGCGGGUGUAUUUCGGAAUUGUGAAUAUCUACGGCUGAGACGUGCCUGCAUCCGUACAGCACGUAUCUCUGCAGAGGCUUUCCAGAAAGCCCUCUGUCCUCACAGACUGUUGAAGCUGGAUGCUGCCAGUGUCAAUGCGGACCUCACUAUUCCUGAUAUUCUCCAGGGACUGGCCACCAAUAAAUAUUGUCAGGAGUCUCUCCAGCGACUUGUCUUAACAGGUCUGACCAUGUCCUCUCUGGAGGAACCAAUCCGGUAUCGUUUCAGCUCCCUCCAGGGGCUCCGCUCCCUCUCCCUAGCUAAUGUAGACUUCUAUGACUCUGGGUUAGUCGACGUGUGUUCCCUUCCUCGGCUGGAAAGUCUUGAUCUCUCCAACACCUCAGUCACUAACCUCAGUCCAUUGCUGGGCCUGAAGGAGCGGCUGCGCUCUCUAACACUGCACCAGCUGAAGAGGCUCGAGAUGAGCACUACUCAACUGCUGGGAGUCAUCGGCCAGUUGGAUGUUUUGCAGCACCUAGACAUCAGUGAUGAUAAACAGUUUACCUCUGACGUGGCUCGUCAGCUGCUUGGACAGCCGGGGAUCCUGCCCACUCUUGUUUCCCUGGAUGUGUCGGGGAGGAAACAGGUUACAGAUGCAGCCGUUAAGGCUUUUGUUGAGGAGAGACCAGGGAUGACUUUUGUGGGACUUCUGGCCACAGAUGCUGGUUUUUCUGACUUCCUCUCUGGAGAGGGAAAUCUUAAGGUAACGGGAGAAGCCAAUGAGACCCAGAUCUGUGAGGCACUACGUCGUUACAGUGAAAGGGAAGGUUUUGUGAGAGAAGCUCUGUUUCAUCUGUUCAGCCUGACCCAUGUCAUGGAAAAACCACGGCCUGAUAUCCUUAAGCUGGUAGUUUUGGGUAUGAAGAAUCACCCUGCCACUCUGAAUGUUCAGCUGGCAGCCAGUGCCUGUGUGUUCAACCUGACCAAGCAGGACCUGGCAGUAGGAAUACCAGUCCGACUGUUGAGUACCGUCACUCAGCUCUUACUGGAGGCGAUGAGGACGUUCCCCAACCACCAACAGCUGCAGAAGAACUGCCUGCUGUCUCUGUGCAGUGAUCGCAUUUUGCAGGAGGUUCCAUUCAACAGAUUUGAAGCUGCCAAGCUAGUGAUGCAGUGGCUCUGCAACCAUGAAGACCAGAACAUGCAGAGGAUGGCUGUUGCAAUUAUUUCCAUACUGGCCGCUAAGUUGUCCACAGAGCAGACAGCCCAGCUGGGAGCAGAGCUGUCCAUAGUGAAACAACUGCUCCACAUUGUGCGUCAGAAGGCAACUCGGGGCAUGGUGGAUGCCACCCUGAAAUUUACACUCAGUGCACUCUGGAACCUCACUGAUGAAUCACCGGCAACCUGUCGCCGUUUUAUUGAGAACCAGGGCCUGGACCUGUUCAUCAAAGUUCUGGAGUCCUUCCCCACUGAAUCUUCUAUUCAGCAGAAGGUUCUCGGUCUGCUGAACAACAUAGCAGAGGUCGGGGAGCUACAUGGAGAACUGAUGGUGCAGGGCUUUUUGGACCACAUCAGGACUCUGCUGCACAGUCCAGAGGUAGAAGUAAGCUACUUUGCUGCAGGCAUCCUUGCACACCUGACGUCACGAGGAGAGGAGGCCUGGACGCUCAACCCCAAUCUUCGGUCCUCACUGCUGGAGCAACUGCACACUGUCAUUAUGAAGUGGCCUCCACCAGAGUGUGAAAUGGUGGCCUACAGGUCAUUUAACCCCUUCUUUCCCCUGUUGGAGUGCUUUCACACCCCUGGUGUCCAGCUGUGGGCAGCAUGGGCCAUGCAACAUGUCUGCAGCAAGAAUGGUGAUGCACACCUGCUCGAUACUGCAGCAUGUUGCUGGAGGAAGGUGGCCUGCAGCAGCUGGAGCACAUUCACAAACACCCACAGACCCACAGAGACGUCAGACUGUUGGCCAAGAGCAUUCUUGAGAGCCUGCAGCGCCACAGGGCCCGCACCGGCCAGCUUGCACAGACGCACACAAGUCGCUGCCCGCCACAUCCAUAACCUCACAGAGAAAAUAAGGCUCCCCACGGAGGACAUUCAGCUGUGUGCCACCACAGAAGGGGAUAUUGUAUGAGUGCAUGUGUGUGUUUCUACAUGCCACACACAAUACACUUUAUCAAGAAGCCCUAGAACAUAUACAGGACAGAGACUACACAAUCCUUUGCACACACGCUAACUUUAUUUAUUUUCUUUAUGGGUUGUUUCAAAACAAGAAUAUUUCUGUGUGCUAAUCUUAUGAUAGAAAUAAAAAUAUAACUGUCAGUUAAGUUCAAAUCUCAACAUGAGUUUUGUGUCUGUGCUGGCUCAUGUCACUCUGACUUUGGCAUCAUGAUUUUCAUACCAAAAUCAUGUUAAUGCACAUACAAAUCUGAGGUGAAUCUCCUAGAAGCUCUGCUGAAUGUCAACACCCUUCCCACUCCUGUAUGUUGCUGAGGACUCUGGUUGUCUGAAUCAGGUAGCUCAUUAAAUAUAUGCAUGAUGUUGCUGUGAGCACGAGCAUGCUGGAGUCUGUCUGAAUGCACCUUAUGUUCAUUUUAGGAAUGCCUGCUUGUUUGUUUAUAGUAGAGUUCUGUUCACUGAAACCCACACCUCUGGGUCUGCAAUACCACUGUUGCUCCUCUUAGUUUACUCUUUUAUCAGCUGAUGUCUUUGAUUUGAUGUGACAGGACACUUGCCAAGGGUGUGUUCAAUGGGUUCAAAUGUUCCAGCCAUUAGAGGAAAACCCAAAAUAUAGAGAUCAUAUCGCUCUAAGAAACUCGAAUACUUUUCUGAAUGUUUGGCAGCCCUAUGUCUGCAGGAAACCCUAAAUUGUAUCAAUGGCAAAGCCUGCAUUACUGGAAAUCAGAAAAGCCAGAGUAGUUGGAAAUACAGAGUGCUACAGUCAGGUAUGUCUGGUUAACUGCAGAUGUCCUUUCUAGACACAAAUGGCAAUAACAAGGUCAGUAUAGUCAUUAUGGAUGUGUAUUACAACACAGCUCUUUUUGGAAAAAAAUAUACAUAGUUUGUUUCCUAAUGCAUCUGAGUGUCUUAAACACUGUGUGUGCACAUGUAUGAAUUUUUCAUAUCAAAGAGUGUAUGUAACUUAUAUAUAAUAGAAAAUGAAAGAAACAGUACCUUAAGACUGGUUGAAGUGGUUGCAUGGAAAUUGUUCUAUUGUACAAAUUCAUCAGGUUAAGAAAUUCUUAUACAAGAAAAGAGGGACAAGGAAGGGUGUGUUACUGGGAAAUAUUCUAUAUUUCUGUCCUCUGCUAUAGCUAACCAUGUGACAUUAGUGCCAUUCUGGAUAGCUUUUUAACAGGUACAAUUCAGUUGUCCAGUAAAGCUACUGUGUGUUGUAACACCAGACCUGGACACCCACAUUCUCCUUGUUCAGCUCUUUUUAAGGCCCCGUCACCAUUCUCAAUGCAAUUAAAACUAGUAGUGGUUUUACAAACUGCUGUCAAACCCAAUAAAACCAUGAUACAUACUUAAGGCAAAGCAUGCGGUAUUGUGGCUUCAGUGAUAAUACAGUAACUUGUCAUGUGACUUGUACAUAAAUAUAUUAAAAAUGGUACUAGACAACAGCUGCCAACAAAACAUGCAUACAUUACCCUACCUGCUAAGUCAGUUACGGCCUUGUUUUCUGAAAGUUGCUGUUGUACAAGUUUGAUAAUCAUGCAUGUGACUCGUCAUUUUCAACACAAGUAAAAAGCAGCACAUGACAUUUUUCUGGUGCUCCUUAUAUCUUUAAUGGUUUAACUGAACCCCUGAACAUCACCCUGGAGGCAGGUUCGAUUCAGAUCGAAGAUGCAAAAAGACAAGAUAGUGUAGGUCCGUUAUGACUGUGCCAUGUUGCUGCUGAGAGUCAUGUUUUACGUUUGGAAAUAAAGAAUGUACAUUCCCCUAAACUGGA